UUGAAGAGUACUGCUUGGCUGGUUAUGAUGUCGAAGUCUACGAGUCAACGAAAGACAGCACUAUAUCAUUAUCCAUCUGAGAUAUCUCCUCCUUCCUAAUUGCCUCCUCUCUCAAACACAUAUUUGUGUGUGAACUUGAAAAAAGUUCAGUCUCAUGGCAGUGGAAUUAAGCAUAAGAAGUGAUCAAGGAGGGCUAUGCAAUGGCAAGAUGACAUGGUUUGUUGUUUUGUCUUGUAUGAUGGCUGCCAUGGGAGGAGUCAUUUUCGGCUAUGAUAUUGGAAUUACAGGUGGUGUUACCUCAAUGGAACCAUUUCUGGAGAAAUUUUUCCCAAAAGUGUACAGAAAGAUGAAGGAAGACACAGAAAUUAGCAACUACUGCAAAUUUGAUAGCCAAUUGUUGACCUCCUUCACAUCCUCAAUGUAUGUUGCUGGUUUUAUUGCUUCAUUCUUUGCCUCAUCGAUAACGAAGGCAUUUGGACGCAAGCCAUCAAUUCUUUUAGGAGGCGCUGCCUUCCUUGCUGGUGCUGCCCUUGGUGGUGCAGCAUUUAACGUUUAUAUGCUAAUAUUUGGUCGGGUCUUGCUUGGAGUUGGUGUUGGUUUUGCUAACCAGGCAGUCCCACUCUAUCUCUCAGAAAUGGCACCACCAAGAUACAGAGGAGCAAUUAACAAUGGGUUCCAGUUUAGUAUUGGCAUCGGGGCACUCUCUGCUAACCUCAUAAACUAUGGCACCGAAAAGAUCAAAGGCGGUUGGGGCUGGCGAAUCUCCCUAGCUUUGGCAGCAGUCCCGGCUACAAUCCUUACACUAGGUGCAGUUUUCCUGCCAGAAACACCAAACAGCCUCAUUCAGCUCACUGAUGACACUGAAAGAGCUAAGCUAAUGCUACAACGGGUCCGAGGAACUGAAGAUGUUCAAGCAGAACUUGAUGAUCUCAUCAAAGCUAGCUCAAUCUCAAAAACCGUUGAGCACCCAUUUAAGAAUAUCAUAAAAAGGAAGUAUAGGCCUCAACUAGUAAUGGCAAUAGCCAUACCAUUUUUUCAGCAAGUUACAGGAAUCAAUGUGAUUGCAUUUUAUGCUCCUAUACUUUUCAGGACAAUAGGACUAGGCGAAAGCGCAUCCCUCAUGUCUUCAGUUGUGACUGGGAUUGUGGGUACUGGAUCAACAUUUAUAUCAAUGCUUGUAGUCGACAAACUUGGCAGAAGAGCAUUGUUUAUAUUUGGUGGUGUGCAGAUGUUAGUGUCACAAAUAAUGGUGGGAGGAAUAAUGGCAGCUCAGCUAGGUGAUCAUGGUGGUAUAGGCGAAGGAUAUGCUUAUGUUGUGUUGAUUUUGAUUUGUAUUUACGUAGCUGGGUUUGGCUGGUCAUGGGGUCCAUUAGGAUGGUUAGUUCCUAGUGAGAUUUUUCCGCUGGAAAUUCGAUCAGCAGGGCAAAGUAUUGUGGUUGCUGUAAGCUUUCUCUUCACUUUCAUUGUUGCACAAACAUUUCUAGCCAUGCUUUGCCACUUCAAGUCUGGAAUUUUCUUUUUCUUUGGGGGCUGGGUUGUAGUGAUGACUGCCUUUGUAUACUAUUUGCUGCCGGAGACCAAGAAUAUACCAAUCGAGAAAAUGGAUAGGGUGUGGAGGGAGCACGGGUUUUGGAACAAAAUUGUGGGGGAAAUGGAUGAACAGACUAAAAUUGAAGCUGCAUGAAGUAUAUGCAGUUAGGUUUUAACUUUGUUGUUGUAAAAUUAAUUCUUGUUCUUAGUUUCAUUUUAAUAUCUUGGUUGGGAUCAAGAAAGGCUAUGAUCAGCUCAGUGUUCAGUUUA